UUCAAAUUGAAGAUUAAUUCAAACCAUGGCGUUUGAUAAUUCAGAUACAUUUUCCAAAGGAGUCUAACGCGGCAGAGAAAAAUUCAACGAUUUACAGCUCUAACUUAUUUUACAUAAUCUUACUGCAGAUGUACAUAAUUGUUUGAAGUCUAUUUAAAUCCCACCUUGUUUCAUUUGAGCUGUUAUACAAGGUUUCGAUCCGUCUGCUAUCUAUAUUUGGGUGAAGUGGAAGAUUUAUAGAGAAAUCCCUUCUCCCCUUGUUCCUUGUUCUCAUUGUCAAUUAUCUUUUUGUUGACGAUGGGCAAUGCUUGCUGUUGUUCUUACAAUGAGACAUAUUCUGCUUCGGCGAACACUGAUAAUGCUAAUGACGAUGUGAUAAAACUGUCAUUUGACGACGCGAUUCAGCAGAAUGAUUUGAUCUUCUACAUUGAUGAGCUCUUGAAAAACAUCGUCAAUCACGACGGGAGUGAGAGCAUGUCUGGAAAAGAUGUUGUAUGCUCUGCUACAGUCAGUAAUUAUUUCCAAUAUAGUAGCGGAUUGAUCGAGAAGAUAAUUGCUGAUAUGAACAAAGAUAGUGAUAAGGACUUUAAGAGUACAUUGGCUUGUGUAGCAGGUAAAAUGGUGAUUGAGGUAAUGAAUGGCGCAGGUAAACUUCACUGUGUAGGAGUGGGGCUUUCUUUGGUGGGACAUGUUCUCAAACAAAUGGAUAAAGUCUGUAACAACAGGAAACAAUGUUUACGACUCCUGCAAUAUAUGUUUGCUCUGGCUAAACACAUAAAGCAAUUAGAUGAACAAUUAGAACACGAAAAGCAGAAACUCAAUGACAUCCUAGUGUUUAUUGUGAAGGGGUCCAUUAUGUGUAUCUCGCAAAUCAAUUCCAGCAAAUUUUCAAGAAUUUUUUCUGCUACCGUGGACGCAGAGGAUUUGCAGAGGUUCGAAUCUCAACUGGGGCAUGUGUAUCCAGAUCUGAUUUUGGCAGCUCUUGUGGCUCUUUUGGAAGCCAGGCCUACAUUUCUUCCUCCUUCACAAGGCACAUAUCCUGAUGCAGUGGGCAUAGAGAACGCACGGGAUAAGGUCAUCGAGCUUCUAGAUCUGAAUAAUAAAUCAAGGAAAGCUGUGGUUGUUUACGGAGUAGGGGGAAUAGGUAAAACAACCCUUGCUACUGCAGUGUACAACAGAAUCCUCCUCCCGGGCUACAAAAUCUGCAGGCUAAAUAUCGACCAAAACUGUGGCCUGCAAGAUCUUAAACUACUUCAGCAGCAGCUGUUACAAGACUUAUUUGCGAAAAAUAUUAAAUUGAGGGAUUGUGUGGAGGGUCGGGAAAAACUGUCAGAGAUUUUCAAGUCAGAAGCAAAUCAACCAGUGUUUGUGUUUAUAGAUAAUGCUCUUAAGGGAAGCGACCUAACUGAACUUUUUCCAAGGGACCUAUCCUGCCUUCCGAUCCAGAGCAGAUUGCUUAUAACCACUAGGAAACUCGACGAGACUAACUUUAUAUUGCAGUCUGACAUUCAGCGCUCUGCAUAUAUAGUAGAUAUUCUGUCAAGUUCAGAUGCCAGAAAACUUGUGUGUAAGAAAGCUUUAGGGAAUGUAAAUGCAAGUUUAGAGAAACACUUGUCUAUCGACAAGCUGGUAGAAUGUUGCGGUGGUAUUCCAUUAGUAUUAGAAAUGGUCGGGUCGAAUUUACUAGCAGAUGGCAGUAACGUCUCAGAUUGGCUCAAAUUUCUGAAAGAGACAUUGCAGAACGGAGAAGGAGAAUUGAGUGAAAGUGUAGUAAGCUGUGUUUAUGACAGUUUGCGAGAGAAUUCUUACAAGGAAGCUUUUCUAGACAUUGCUCAUUUCUUUCAGAAUUGGAAAUGGGCAGAGGUUGGGUACAUUAUUGGAGAGGUACAACUUAAAGCUUUGCAAGAUGCUGCACUUGUUAAGAACUCUAAGCAAGGUAAUUUGACUAUGCACGAUAUUGUUGGAGCACGAGCAAGAUGGUUGUCCAAAUCCCAAAGAAUUACAUCCGUCCAAUCUUUGAAAGGUGUUUUCCAAGAUAAGCAGGUGCAGAAGCUUGGACAAGUGAAAGGCAUAUGUCUUUCAGAUAACGAAGAGAAAAUCCAAAUUGCAGCGGAGGAUCUGGACCUCAUGAGUGAAUCAUUAAGAGUUCUGUGCUUGGGCAAAAGUUCGAGAGUGGAAGGACGAUGUAAGGCAAGUUUUCAAAAUUUAAGGUUUCUCCAGGUCGUCAACAAUGAUGAUUCUUUUUUACCAAUCGAUGGCAACAAGUAUAAACGAUUGGCUUUUUUCAAUGGUAACUUAUCAACCGAAGACAAUGAUUUCGAGUUGCCAGAGUCUGUGCAUCUAAUGAAGCUGAAGAACUCUUUUAAACUCCCCGGAAGCUUGGUGAAGCUUUCUUCAUUAGAGAAGUUAAAGCUUUUAGAUUGUUCUACCUUCAGGAGUCUUCCCACUGACUUUGGCCAACUGGAGUGUUUACGCUAUCUCACAAUAAACAGGUGUGAAAAUUUCAUGGAGUUGCCUGAAAGCUUUAGCAAUCUAGCUAGGUUGGAGGAGCUAAAAAUCUACUGGUGCGACAUGAAAAGGCUUCCACACAAGUUUGGUCAGCUUAACUGUCUGCGUCAUCUUAAGCUGAGAGGGUGUUCAAAGCUUACUAGUUUACCGGAGAGCUUUGGGAAUUUGUCUAGCUUAGAAAAGCUAGAUUUGGGCUUCUGCUCAAGUUUGGUAAGCCUACCUCAAUCCUUUGGAGAGCUGGAGAAAUUGAAAUAUCUGUCAUUAGAGGAAUGCCAAAAUCUCAAGAGGCUUUGUGAUAAUUUUCGAUGCCUGCAAUCGCUGGCUGCAAUAGACGUUUUCAAGUGCUCAGAAAUAGAAGAAGAGGCAAUGUACAGCUUUGUUGCGUUGAAGAGCUUGAUGUUUUUGAUUAUACGAAAGUCUUCCAAGUUGAAACAUCGGUGGUAUCUAAUAAAGGAGCGCUAUCCUUUAGUGGUCUACUCCGGCAACAAUCUGGGGUCUGAAUUGAGAGAAAUGAUAUCAACAGCAUUGCUUCAUGAGGAGAGAAGACUGGUGCAUCUGGAUGAAGAGGAGAGGCUGAGGGAGGGCCCCACUUCGUCACCAUUUCCAUCUACUGAACUCAAAGUGGCUUUCUUGUUAACAACGUGCAAUCUCUCUUUACCUUGUAAUGCCAAGGCUUUAAAUGUUCUCAGACAAGAAAGUAGACGACUUAGAGACCAAAACUAUGAGAUCAUCUACUCGUAUGUGGGAGCUGUAGAGCAAAGCGACGAGAUAGUCCGCCAAACGCUCGUAGGCUUAUUGCCGGGCACCGUUGCAUUGAUCGCUCCUGACAUGAAAACGAGGCAAUUGUUUGGGUAUUGUGCAUAUGCUGGGGUUGGAGAAGAGCGCUCAGCGCUUUUGGAUGAGUGCCAUUCGUUUAUCGUGGGCACAAGAAUGCGGGUAAACGAGGAGGGCAGAAAGUGCGUGGAAAGGCUAAAACUUAUACAUCCCAAGGGUGCGGAUCAUCAUUGUUUCGAAGCGCUCACAGACUACACAGGGGAAGGAUGUUUUAAGACAGUACUAUUUACUCCCCUAACGCUUUGCCAUAUGCUAAACUCAUCUCCUUAACACCCUUUGAAUAAGUCACUGAGAAACCAUGGAACUUCGCAGGGAAGGUUUCUUUUGGUAUCUAAAAUUCCAUUAUAAUGCAAUUGUUGGUUCUAGGUCAUUUAGUAUAAAACAGGAUCUCAUCUGUGAGACCCCAUAUUUUUUUAUAAAUUUAAUAAGCUUCCUCAUAAAUGAGUUGUUUUUAUUUUAUAUAUAAUUACUUUUAAAUCAUUUUUCCUUCU